GACAGAUAUGCAUACAUGUACAUUUCUACCUACACCAGAAUAAAUAUACAUGUAUGUGUAAAGGUCUUAGUGCCUUGCAAUGGUGCUACAACAAUAAUAUGUUUUAUUGUGUUUUUUUUUCAUUUCCAGACUGAUGAUGUUGAAAGGAAGGGCUCUCACAAAAGGUCUUCAUCGUGGGGAAGUGCAGACAAUUUGAAAGAGAAAUACAAGCAGCAGCUAAGAAAACAAGGUAAUCGCCAGUCCUCUUCCAGCACACAGCGGGCGUCGCCGGUCCACGGGAACCAUUCGACCGUCGCAAACCUUCCCUCACCCGUCAGUGCUCCAAGCUCUUCGUCGUCCUCGUCGACGAUCUCCAUAUCCAAUUCCUCGUCUACUGCCUCAUCACAAACUUCCAUCCCCACACCACCACCAUCAUCAUCUAGCACGACGUCGGUUUCUUCAUCGUCGACCACUUUUCAGCAGGUCUCUGUAUCGACGAGUCUGAUUGGUCAAGCGCACACACUUCCCCGCUCCACAGCCAUUCCUGUUCCCAACCACUUGAGGGCGCCGCCUGUUCCCAGGAUAAGGGGUAGCGUUGAGGGUCUGAACCAGGAAGUGGAGAAGCUCGUCCUCAUUGGAAAUGAAGAGGAAGAGCGGCCGACAGUUGAUCCGCUACGAGAGGGUCACCGUGCCCCGAUCCCCGGGGUAGCAAACAUGCAGACCCAGACGCAGGUUGAGAACCAGGAGCUUUCCGAGGGUAGCGAUCAAGGCAGCCGCAAUCAUUCUGUCUCGCCAACAUUCGUCAUGGACAACUCCAGACCUUCCAGUCGCUCUUCCUCCACGGGCAACGGAGAUGUCAAAGUGGAUAAAGGUGAAAGUUCACCCGAGUAUCACUUUGGAACCACCAAGUUCUCCUCCUCACCGAGUCACAACAAAUCUUGGCAGCUAACGAGAGACCCUCCUGAUGGAUGCGAAAAACCACAGAAAACAAAAGAAGAAAUGAGUGGAAUCAAGAUCCCUUAUGAUUAUAGUCACCUCGCAUACUGUCCAGACAGCAAGCUCCCGUUCAAGCUUGAACAGAGCGAUAGCUCGGCCUUCUGCGCCGUUCCGAACUUCCCUCAGGGUAAAGUCACCAGGGUCUCCUCCAACAGCGCCCACACCCAGACAACAGGUCCGCAGACCCAGGUACAAGCCCAGACCCAGACAGCGGAUAUCGGUGGUCCUGAGACCAACGGCCAUGCAGAGUAACAUCGUUCAGUCCUGGCCCAUUCUCUUGCUAGACCAGGUCCGGAGAGCCCUAAUUCUUGAUCAAGACCCAUGGGGGUGAUGUCCUUCAGUUAUCUUGAGGACAUCUUUUGCUUUCUGGUGUCCUUCAAGGAAAUGUUCGUGUUUCAGAUGUCCCGACUUUACACCAUGUACUACUGCUGGCAUUUUUGUUGCAGUCCUUUGCAUGCAGAGUAACAUCAUUUUAGUUCCAGACAAUCACCUUAACACCUGAUAGACCUGGCCCACUCAACAACAUCUUUUGAGUUCCAGAUAAUACUUCUGACAGUGUCACAAUCCUUCACAUGCAGGGUAGCAAUAUUUCACUUCCUGACAACAGAUUUAAGACUAGGAUCAGCUGACCCACUCCUAAGUUCCAGAUGUACUGGUGUAUUUUUGUAGCCAAACAGUGGAAAUGCCAUUACAAUUCUUGUUCCAUUUUUAAAAUACUAUUGAAAGGUGUGAUGUUCCACCUAGGCUGUCAAAAAUUUUCAGAUUUAUCCCUUUUUCAUGCUGGGAAAAAAGAAAACUAAAAAGAAGGUUCAGAGAAUAGUAUCAGUUUGUUCUUAAUCUUUAAAUUGCAAUAUCACAUUAAUUUAUGAAAUGAUACAAUAUCCUAGUUUCCUCUGAUUUUGAUGAAAAUUCACCCUUUUGUUUCUUCAGUCCUUCCUUUCACAUUCUUGCAAAUGCUUCAUGCAUGCCUAAUAAUAUUUACAAGUACUGGAAUUUUUCUUCCUUAUUACUCUUCUUCUUAGAUAUUUUCCUCUUUUCUACUUCUUUUUCACUACCCUCAUAUAUGUUCGAAAAGAUCACUUAUCAUACCCAAUAAAAUGGUCAAGAUGAAAUCAGUUUAAUACAUUAUAAAGGUACUUCGUAGUAAUAACAUAAUUUGCCCCUACCAUCUGCAUACACUUUGUUUUGUUUGGUGUCUUGUUCAGGUUCUAUGAAUAAAUGCUUCAAUUAACCCACACUUUUUUAAUAAUGGGAAUAAAUAAUGACAGAAUACUUCCUAAAUGAUGACUAUUAAGGUUCCUUGGUGCAUGAGGUAUAAGCCUUUAGUUUGAUUUUAAAAGAAUUUACAAAAUUUGAAAUACAAGAAGAUAAUUGUAGCAGUCAUAAUGUUACAAAAAUGAAAUAUAUUGGAUUACUCGCUAUGUAGCUGGGGCAGUGGUAGAGUAAAACCUAAAACUUAUUGAAUUUAUUUAUUGAAUUGAUGCCAAAUUUUUAUCAUAGCUUGAAAUGAUGAUAUAAAAGAUAAUAUUGGGGGUAUGACAUGUAUUUUUACAUCAUUCUAUUUAUUCAUCUAUUUAUCUUGCUAUUUAUCUCUUCAUUCUAUCGGCUUUAACAUUCACAAAAGAAAUGUUUCCCCAUCCACGGUCUAUCUUUCUGUCUCUCUCCCUCUCUCACUCUCUCUUUUGCUCUCUAUCUAUCUACCUACCUAUCUAUAUAUCUAUCUAUCUAUUCAUAUUUCAUGAUACUCCCCAAAAAGGAGUCAAACAGCAAGAGUAUCUAAUCUGUGUUUAUAGAGCACUUUAUCCUUGAAGAAUACUUCAAAAAUGAUUUCUCAGUAUCCUGCAAAAAGAAAACGCUAUGUCUGUUUUUCCUUAAACUAACCAGCUUUGCCAUUACUUUCAUUUCUGAAAAAAUGGUUUUGAUUAUAAAAUAAAACAAGGAGCCAUUUGUUAGGAGGUGAGGUUAUAUAGUCUUGGUUAUGGUGAAUUAGUUAGGCUUAGAACAUGCUGUUGGAUUUGAUGUAUAUAUCAAAGAAUAUAAGACUUUGUGUAUAAAAUACAAGAAUGCCUGGAUGUGUGAAACUGCGAAAGGUUUGUUUCAGUAAUUGUUUGAUGAAAUGAUGUGAAAUCGAUGCUUUAUGUUCAUAUGUUUCUAAUUUUCAUAUAUUUUUUUGUGACUUUCAAUGGACCAAUCAUUCAGUAUCCAAUCGUCUUUUUUGUGUGCAAAACUGCUUCUCUUCCCCCCCUAUCGUAGACAUGUAUUCAUCCUUGAUUCAUAGUGUAGAUUGAAAGAAAUAAAACGUAGUCAACCAUUCUCAAUCGCUUUUAGUGUCAAAAUAAGGUUUUUAAAUAUCUUCUUGCCAGGUGAAUUUGAACUGCGUUCGCACAUUUAUUUGUUUGGACGCAAUCCUAUCUUUGUAUAUAUUGCAAUGUAUGAUUAUUAUUUUUUUUAGAGGCUGCAAUAGACGGUUGCACAUUUUCCUUCUCCGCACACGCUUUGCUGAUUUUUGUUGGCGCAAGGAGUGAUUUUAAAAAUGGAGGAUGGAAAAUUGAGCAAAGAUUUUUGUAUUAUUAAAUGAAAUUGCCUUUGGUUAAGUUAAAUGUAGUAUGUUUUUAUUUAACUUGAAAUUG